CUUGAAUUAAGAGGGCUUUUCCAGAGAUGGCGCUUGCAAAAGAUCACAGGCUGACCAUGAAUGAUGGCAACAAAAUCCCUGUCCUUGGAUUCGGCACCUAUUGCGCAGACCCCAGCCAAAAAAGCAAGUGCGAGGAAGCUGUCAAGACAGCAAUAGAAGUUGGCUUCCGUCACAUUGAUGGUGCAUAUAUCUACGACACCGAAGAGCAGGUUGGACACGCUGUUCGUCAGAAGAUUGCUGAUGGGACAAUAAAAAGGGAAGACGUUUUUUACACUGGAAAGCUUUGGAAUACCUUCCACCGGCCUGAGUUAGUUCGGAAGUGCUUAGAAGAAUCGCUGAAGAAGCUCCAGUUUGACUACAUCGAUCUGUUCAUAAUACACAACCCUUAUUCUCUGAAGCCUGGACCAGAAUUAUUGCCCAAGGGAGAAAAUGGAAAAUUCAUUACUGAUGUUGUAGAUCUUCGUAAAACAUGGGAGGCGAUGGAGGCGUGCAAAGACGCAGGCUUGGUGAAGUCUAUUGGAGUGUCUAAUUUCACCAUUAAGCAGCUGGAGAUGAUCCUGAACAAGCCAGGGCUGAAAUACAAGCCUGUUUUGAACCAGGUUGAAUGCCAUGCUUAUUGGAGCCGAAACAAGCUGCUGGCCUUCUGCAAAUCCCAUGGGAUCCUCCUGGAAGCAUAUAGUGUCUUGGGAUCUCAGAGGGAUCCUGCAUGGAUAGAUCAGAACAUACCUGUUCUGCUUGAAGACCCAGUCUUGAACGCCAUUGCCAAGAAAUACCACCGAACCCCAGCUCAGGUGGCCCUACGCCAUCAGUUGCAACGUGGUGUGGUGGUCAUUGUGAAAUCUUUCAACAAACAUCGCAUUGAGGAACAAAUCCAGGUAUUUGAUUUCUCUCUCUCCGAGGAAGACAUGAAAGCCCUUGAUGGCAUCAAUAGAAACCAGAAAUACCUUAAAGAUGGACU